AGUGCUUUCUGCAGUAGAGCGUGAAAGGUACGUCGUAAGGCACACGCACACACACAGACCUCUUUCCAGUGAAAACAAAAGAAAAGUAAAGGUUACCAUCACACAACACGCACACGGAACAAUCGUAGAGAGGGGGAAAAACUAUCGCAAAUGCGAUCGAGUACGCUGGUGCGGAAUCCGCAUCGAAUUUCGUGGCGGACGCGUGCAAAGCGUGCGAUUCAGCGGAAUGUGCGCAAGUACGUGCCCGACCCUCGCGACAACCCGCUGACGGAGACCCCCCUCAGCGCAGAGGCGUACGCCAGGACUGCCCAGCAGCAAGAGGGUGGUGUGCGCAUCGGCAUCCGUCCCGGGCAGUCGAUCGAGGAGUACAUGGCGGAGCGCGACCGCAAGUGGCUCGGCCAGCAGCGAGACGAAUUUGCUCACCACAUCAAAGACGAUCACCUCCCCACCACGAAGGACGGACUCCCAUUUUUUGCCGCCGGCACGCGUGAGACGUACAUGGACGUCGACGCGGCGAACAAGCUCGUGCACACGCCAGAGGCGAAGGACUACGAGAUGGAUGAGGAGACGCAGCUGCUGCGACGACAGCUGCAGGUGGAGAAGGAAGAGGAGUACCGCAAGUUUGUGGCCGAGGCGAAGCGGGCGGACAUCUCAAUGGCGGAGACGCAGAAGCGGCGCCGCCCGCACCCGAGCGAUCCGAACUACGACCCUUUCAAGAUGACGCCGGGCUACCGCCCACAGGACAGUGUGGCCUUGGCCCAGUGGCUGAAGCGCCAGCGUGAGUCCGGCAAGUCGGCCAGCGGGCUGUCGCUGCAAACAAAAGAGGGCCAAGAGCGCUUCUACAACGAGGAGAAGAUGGCGACGCAGUACAGCGCAAACCCUUUCGCGAAUCGCAUUGAGAUUCCGCGCGGGCUGUCCUCGAUGCGCAUCACUGCCUACUCCCCGGAUAGCAUCUUUAUCAACGACAAGGAGGUCAUCGGCUCGUGCAUUGUGACAGAAAAAGGCUACUACCACUGGAAUGUGAGCAGUUUCGAAGAAGUAAAUGAGCGGACGCUGGCGAUGCUGCUGCACAUGUACCCGGUGCCGGACGUCGUUUUCCUCGGGACGGGGCGUAACCUCUACUUCAUCGACGAGGAAUUGCGUCUCGCUUUCCAGAAGCGGGGUACGGUGAUUCAUUGCCUGACGACGCCACAGGCAUGCGGCCACUUCGGUGUGCAGCUGUCCGUGUCGCGCCGCUCUGCUAUGGCGGUCAUCAACCCCAUCCCGACCAACGGCUACGGCGUAGAGUGCUUCGGCGACUUUGUAGAAAACGACAUGUUUUCCUUGUCCGACACCCAGCUCGGCAUCUCGCCCAUGCGGCAGUUCUCACCCUCGAUGUUUAAGCCGAACAAGGUGGCGGAGAAGUACCGCGCGACGCAGGGCACCGGCAUUGGUCCGCAGUACCACGAGCUCAGCGACGGACGGCUGGUGCGGCCGGGCACGAGCGGCACGAAGCUGCGACCGAUGCUCGAGCCAGGCGAGACAGUAGACUGGGAGAAGCUGCCCUCCUACUACCACUGGUACCCCAAGGAGGAGCUUCACGACUACAUUGAGAACACGACGUGGCGGGAGAUCAAGGGCAAGGCGACGGGCAAUGCCACGGAGAAUCGACUGUACACGGCCCUCCGGGGCGACUCCUACGUCAAGGAGGACUCACCGACGCCGGAGCUGGCACCGUGGAACUCGGCGACGAUCCCCAUCACCAAGUUCCCGCACGAGCGCAACGAGGAGGAGAUCAUCGUCGAGGAUCCCAAGACGGGUCGCAUCAUCGGCAUGGAGCGCGACACCUACGAACGCUGGAAGCGCAUGAUGAAGGAGCGCAGGGCUGGACUGCCCGAGAGCGAUCCGGUGGAGUAUGAUCAGGAGCGCUACGUCACGAACAAAGAUGGCAUCGUCUUUGAUCUGUCAAAGAUGAAGUACCGCCCGAUUUUUGAGGGCCGCUGGAACCCGCGCCGCCAACAGAGUACGGGCCGUACCAACCCGAUCAUGACGUAG